AUGUGGGUGGCCAUAGGCAUGCUCUGGCUCCUGACUCUUGGUGGCCCUUUCCAGACCUGGGGCUUCUGUCCCUCUCAGUGCAGCUGCAACCUCCACAUCCUGGGUGAUGGCAGAAAGGCCAGGGCUGUGGUGUGCAGCGACCCCGACAUGACCCUGCCCCCAGCUUCGAUUCCUACAGAUACCUCCAGGCUGCUCCUAGAGCGCACCGCCCUCCGCAGGGUGCCUGGUGAUGCCUUUAGGCUGCUAGGCCUCCUGGAGCAGCUGUGGCUGCCCUACAACGCCCUCAGCGAUCUGAGUGCUCUCGUGCUGCGGGGCCUGCGUCGCCUGCGGGAGCUGCGUCUGCCUGGGAACCGCCUGGCCACCUUCCCCUGGGCGGCACUCAAGGACGCUCCCCAGCUGCAGCUGCUGGACCUGCAAGCCAAUCGCCUCUCAGCUUUGCCACCCGAGGCCGCUCACUUCCUGGGGAACCUCACCUUCCUGGACCUCUCCAGCAACCAGCUGAUGAGGCUCCCCUUAGAGCUGCUGCACACCUGGGCUCACCUGAAGUCUGUGCCCUUCCUUUCCCGCCACCGCUCCAGGUUGGUCCUAGGGCUGCAGGACAACCCCUGGCUGUGUGACUGCCGACUCUAUGACCUGGUCCGUCUCCUGGAUGGCUGGGCCCCAAACUUGGUGUUUAUUGAGGCUAGACUGAGGUGUGCCAGUCCACGCAGCCUGACUGGAGUGGCUUUCAGUCAGCUGGAACUGAGGAAGUGUCAGGGUCCAGAGCUCCAUCCAGGGGUGACCAGCAUCAUAUCCCCUUUGGGCAGCACAGUAUUGCUACGUUGUGGAGCCACUGGGGUCCCAGGACCUGAGAUGACCUGGAGGAGAGCCAAUGGAUGGCCAUUCAAUGGUACAGUGCGCCAGGAAGUCUCCAGUGAUGGCUCAAGCUGGAUUCUGCUGGAUCUUCCUGCAGUGUCUCUCUUUGACUCUGGAGACUACAUCUGCCAAGCCAAGAACUUCCUGGGAGCCUCUGAGAGUCUUAUAUCCCUAAUUGUCACUGAGCCCCAGACUUCUACACAAUACCGUGGGAUGCCAGGGGCCCUGUGGGUAAGGAAAAGUGAGGGGGCAGAAGCUGCAGCUUACAACAACAAGCUGGUGGCUAGGCAUGUCCCCCAUAUUCCUGAGCCUGCAGCUUUGUCCACCAAGCCCUCAUGGCCCAAUCUGAACGAGGAGCUGGCUUUCCAGCACAUGCAGAUGGAUGCCCCAGGAGAGCUCUCCAGGAACCAAUCAGAACCCCAGGAGGCCCAGAUAGUGAGGUCUCUCAAGGUGGUGGGGGAUAGUUACCACAGCGUGUCCUUGGUGUGGAAGACCCCUCAAACUGGGAACAUGGCUGCCUUCAGUGUCCUCUACACAGUCUUUGGGCACCAUGACAUGCGAAGGAUGAUCGUGCAGCCUGGGAAGACUAGUGUCACCAUAGAGGGGCUUGUUCCCAAGACCAAGUAUGUGGCAUGUGUCUGCCUGCGGGGCAAGGUGCCGAGGAAGGAACAAUGCAUCAUCUUCUCCACCGACGAGGUGGUGGACGCCAAGGGCACCCAGCGGCUCAUCAACAUGGUGGUGAUCAGCGUGGCAGCCAUCAUUGCGCUGCCUCCAACACUGCUGGUCUGCUGUGGUGCUCUCCGCAGGUGCUGCCAAAAGUUCGGCACUGGGGGCUCUGCAGAGGUUUCCAGUGCAUAUGUUAAUUUGGAGAGGCUGGCCCACAGUGAGGAUGGCUCAGAGGAACUCUCACCGAGCCGCCCCAGUGAGGCUGACAGGCUCCUCUCAGCCUGUUCCAGCCUGGACUCUCAGGUCUUGGGGGUCAGGGGUGGCAGACACAUCAAUGAAUAUUUCUGCUGA